CAGUGCUCCACAGCACCCCCUGCAGUCUGGCACAGGGCCCUGCAGCAGCAGCAGGCAAGCCAGCCCGGGAUGGCGGAGAACGGGCUGGGAUGGCGGGACAAGGUGCUGACGCUGGACUCCAUGAACCCCUGGAUCAAGAAGGUGGAGUACGCAGUGCGGGGGCCCAUCGUCACCCGGGCCGUCCAGCUGGAGAAGGAGCUCAAGGAGGGAGCAAAGAAACCUUUCACAGAGGUGAUCAGAGCCAAUAUUGGUGAUGCCCAUGCCAUGGGGCAGAAGGCAAUCACUUUCCUGCGCCAGGUCUCUGCCCUCUGUAUGUACCCGGAACUUUUGAACGACCCCAACUUUCCAGAGGAUGCCAAGAAGAAAGCCUGCAGGCUGCUGGAAGCAUGUGGGGGACAAAGCAUUGGUGCUUACAGUGCCAGCCCUGGGAUCGAACUCAUCCGCCAAGACGUGGCCAACUUCAUUGAGAGAAGAGAUGGGGGCAUUCCAGCCAAGUCAGAAAACAUCUUCCUUUCCACCGGCGCCAGUGAUGCUAUCAUGACAAUCCUGAAGCUGCUGGUGUCUGGGGAGGGGCUCUCCCACACUGGGGUGCUCAUCCCGAUCCCCCAGUACCCCCUGUACUCGGCAGGACUGGCGGAACUGAACGCCGUGCAGAUCAACUACUACCUGGACGAGGAGAACUGCUGGGCGUUAAACGUGGAGGAGCUGCGGAGAGCCCUGCACGAAGCCCGCAAGCACUGCCACCCGCGUGCCCUGUGCCUUAUCAACCCAGGCAACCCGACCGGGCAGGUCCAGAGCCGCAAAUGCAUUGAAGAUGUCAUCCACUUUGCUUGGGAGGAGCAGCUUUUCCUCCUGGCUGAUGAGGUUUAUCAAGACAACGUUUAUGCCAAGGGCUCCCAGUUCCACUCUUUCAAGAAGGUUCUUUUUGAGAUGGGGCCCAAGUACUCGGAGACGGUGGAGCUGGCUUCUUUCUACUCCAUCUCCAAGGGCUUCAUGGGCGAGUGUGGUUUCCGGGGAGGUUACAUGGAGGUGAUUAACAUGGACCCAGGUGUUCAGCAGCAGCUGUCGAAGCUGGUCUCUGUGCGCUUGUGCCCGCCAGUGACUGGGCAGAUAGUCCUGGACGUGGUGGUGAACCGGCCCGAGCCUGGAGACCCUUCCUACCAGCAGUUCAACCAGGAAAAGCAGGCCGUGCUGGGUGCCCUCGCCGAGAAGGCCCGGCUCACAGAGGAGACCUUGAAUCAGGCCCCCGGAUUCCACUGUAACCCGGUGCAAGGAGCCAUGUACGCCUUCCCCCGGAUCCAGUUGCCUCCUCGGGCUGUGGAAGCAGCAAAGGCACAAGGCCAGGCCCCAGACAUGUUUUUCUGCCUCCAACUGCUAGAAGAGACGGGCAUCUGUGUUGUGCCAGGGAGCGGCUUUGGCCAGAAGGAAGGCACUUUCCACUUCAGAAUGACCAUUUUGCCGCCCCUGGAGAAGCUCCAGAUCCUGCUGCAGAAGCUGACCCAGUUCCAUGCCAAGUUCUUCCAGGAAUACUCCUAGCCUGCAGGGCCCCAGCA